UGAGGCGCCGGGCUCGGCACCAGUGCGCAUGCGCGGCCGCCUCUCCCGCCCGGUCCCCCUCCCGCCCGGAGGAGCACUGCGCAUGCGCGCGGCCGGUCCGCGCCGGGGGUGGGCUGGCGAUGAGCGUGCUGCUGCCCAACAUGGCGGACUUCGACACCAUCUACGAGCUGGAGGAGGAGGAGGAGGAGGAAGGGGAGGAAGGGGAGGAGGAGUCCGGGCCCGUGGUGCGCAGCCAGGAGUUGCCCCGGCCCCGCGAUGCGCCGGAUCCCGUGGCGGUACGGGGCGCCGGGCACAUCACCGUGUUUGGCUUGAGCAACAAGUUUGAUACAGAAUUUCCUUCUGUUCUGACAGGGAAGGUUGCUCCAGAAGAAUUCAAGACCAGCAUCAGUCGUGUAAACGCUUGUUUAAGAAAAAAUCUCCCUGUCAAUGUAAAAUGGCUGCUCUGUGGCUGUCUGUGCUGCUGCUGCACACUGGGCUGUAGCCUGUGGCCUGUAGUCUGUCUUAACAAAAGAACUAGAAGAUCAAUUCAGAAGUUAUUAGAAUGGGAAAAUAACAGACUAUAUCAUAAGCUUGGUUUGCACUGGAAGCUGAGUAAAAGGAAAUGCGAAACUAGCAAUAUGAUGGAGUAUGUAAUAUUAAUAGAAUUCUUACCAAAAUAUCCCAUAUUUCGGCCUGACUGAGGAACGACAUUUGGUCUUUCAUGUUACCUGUCAUUUUCUACCCUUAGUGCCUUGUAGAUGGUUUUGGAAAGAAGAUGGUCUACUUUGCUGUGAUUUAAAAACUGUUCUUCAGUAGAAUAUCUUCCUUGCUAUGUUACUUUGUUUUGUUUGAGAAAAAUUUGCACAUUUUUUAUGUUAAAAGAGGCUUCUAUGUUGCACUCUGAAUUUUUAACAUUAACAAUAACUGAUAUAGUUGCCACUAGGGAUCUAACAUCAGUGCUGCUUAAACUUGUUCUGAGCAUGCUGCCUUAUUAAUUUCUAUAUUGCUGUCCUCAAAAAUGCACCCUAAUGCCGUGUCAUACUAUAUUUCAUUCUAAACAUCACAAUCCUAUAAAUCCUCAGUAGAAAUGUCCAGGUAAGCGUCUAGUAGUAAAGACUUUAGUAUAACUUGCUUGCAUAGGACUUGCAAUUAACAGCACUGGUUUUGUCCUGCACUUUGCAAAAUCAUCAUUUACAUUAGGGGGUUAAUUAUUUCACCCACUAUGGAUUUGUAAAUAUUGACUCUUUGCAUAAUGUAAAGUGUGGUAUGCCAAGGUUUACAGAAUGUAAUAUAGCUCUUACUAUUCUAUUGCCAACAUUUUGACAUACUUUUAUUCGUUACAUUUCUCAUUCCUCUGAUUGUACAGACCCAUUUGCGUGCUGUUUUUAUGGUAAAGCCAUAAUGAGUUUGUACAUACUAUCAGAUGUGUAGGGCUCAGUUGCACUUUGUUUAGUAAACAGAUGAAAAAUGCAUAGCAUUUCUGUUCUGACUUUUUUUUUGGAAAUUAUUUCGGGUGUUAUUUGUAGCAUCUGAAAUUAGAACCUUAAAUACUGUUUAUCUUUAAAAACAAAAAAAGUUGCAUUUGUGAGGUAGAUGGCAGCUGCUAAUAGCAAAAUAUCCUAAAGCCUGUUCUUAAAUUCAGAAUACCUGGAAUCCAUCAAUUCUCGUGAGUUUUUUUAUUUUUUUCUAAGCAGGGAAAAGAGUGUUUCAUAAUUGGAGAUGGUCAUUACCGUGGAGAAAAAAUUUGGAACAGCCAAAUUGAAGAUGAAGUGACGCUGGUUAUUUUUGUAGUGUGAUAGUCCUUUCAGUGUUUUAAGGUUUAAAUGAUAUGGCAUCCUUUCUAGUGGAAAUAAAUUUUAUCUAAAUCAGAGUAGUGCUUCAAAAUGUGCUGAUGAGAGGAAGUGGAUCAGUUGAAUGGGUUCGUGCAUAUUGCAUUCAAGCAUGGUCUGAAGAGCCACAAAUGCCUUCACGAGGAUUUUUGGACUCUUCCCUGUUUGUCUGAUCUCAGGAAAGGACGUAAACAUAGAAAAACUUCCUGUAAUGCCUGGCCUAAGCAUGACCAUUUGUUAACAGCAAAGGAAAAUGCAAUAUCACCCCUUUCCUAGAUAGAAAUGAGAAAUAAGAGGAAAAGCAACUGUUUAUCUGCAAGUUGCGACAAAUAUCAUAAAUGUCCACGCAUUUCUUUGCAGCAACUUGAUUCCUUGCAACAUCAUCCCAGGUUUCUUUUUAGUUUCAGGCUGACUUAGGAUUUCCUCUGAAUGUAUUUGCAUCUCUUCAGUAUGCAAUAUUGUAUUAAAAUAUAGUAUUUGUAAAACCAUCACAUUCUAAUAGCCGUAGUAGGACAAAGUCCUAGUACACAGUGUUUACAAAAGGCCAGUUUUAUACGAGUUGCUACUUCAAAUCAAAUUUCUUGCUAUUCUUACUGUACAGCCAGGGAGUAUCAGACUCCAGUGCUUGCAGUAGUUUCCAGUUGCAGGCUGAUGCUUCAGACUCUGUAAUCUGUAUACUUAGUGCAGAGGUUUCAUUGGACUGGCAGAUUGAUGACAAACUGUUUAAUUGCAUUUGUAAUAUAAUUUAAUGAAUAAACUACUGUGUUGUGUGAAUUUAACUCAAGCUGCACCUUGCAACUCAGAUUUCUAUCACAGAACCAUACGAAGUAUUCUCUCUACUUUAUUUUUUUAGGAUGAGUGUUAACUGGAAGCGUAGAAAAUAUUUAAUGGCAGAAAACAGUAUUGUAACACACCCGAUUCUACAUGCAUUUCCCUUUCUAAUGAGUUUUUGUUCUGUAAAUGAAGGGAGCUUAGCUUGAUGGAACAAUGGAAGUUGCUUACUGUUAUACCAGAACUUUAUUAAUUUCCUUUUUAUGUAAGAAACUCAAGAAAUCACAGCAGGUCCUUAAUUUUUUCUUUUAUGUGACUAUAUUUUUCAAAAUGCUCUUUUCCAACUGAGAGAAGAGGCAAGCCAAAUGAGAGUUCUAGUAAUUGCCAGUGGUGAAUGCUGAGCAGCCUUCAGAAAUCCUCUUUAGAGUCUGUGCAGACUUCAUCAUAUUCAGUUCAAAAUUUCUCAAACUGAUUUGUCUCGUUUCAGUGAAAUGCUGUGCCAAGCGGAGAGAAUACUGUGAGUUUUCCCACUUAAGCGCAUAAUACUAAUUUUUAAAGUUUACAUUUCAAGUACAUUAAUUCUGUACACGUUACUUUGUCCUGAACUGUUAAUUAUAUAAUCUUCAAACCAUGAAAGGGUCUUUUCCUUUUGUGUUUUAAUAGACAUUUAAAUAUGUGGCCAUAGAGCAACUAGUAAAGGGGUGUGAGAGCCAAAACAGCAAAUAACACAAGCUCCAUGUUUUAAUAAGAUAAAUUUGCAUUAAAAUGCAAAAACAGCACGCAGUAUUAUAUUUGCAUCUGAAAGACACAGGUUCAAUAGCUCAUUUGAAGAUGAAGGCAGCUGUAAAUACUGCUGUGAACUCUGUGCACUUCUGUUCUGCCUACAGGUUCUCUUUUUUCCUAGGCUGUCCUUCUUUAAUAUAAAAACAUUCAGCAGGUAAUUAUAUCUCGUAAGACUGAAAAACUCAUUUUUGACAAUAAGAAGUCAGCAUUUUUUGGUAGAUGUAUGUAUGGAGGACAAAUGUUAAUUGGAGAAAGAAUGCUUAGCAAUAUGAGAUUGAUGUUAGCAAAGUGUAAUGGAAAUGGUAAAGAAAGUGUCUUGACUUGUUUUUAAAAAAGGGAAAAUAUUGUGCAGUGAAAAAGGAGAAAGGGAACCGGUAACAGUAUAGAGUGUGAGUUUGCAGCAAAUUUUUAGAAGUCAUUACAGAAAUAACUGUCUACCUAAUCAGUGUUCAAUUUUUCAUAUCAACAUGUUGACACUUGCUUUUCUUUCUAGCUUGUAUGUAGGAAGCACUUGGUUUUGUAUCUAAGAAGUUUUUGUAUGUAAGGAGUAUUAAAGAAUACUGAUAAAGAAUCAAAGUUCUUACCUAUGAUUCCCCACCUGCAUCUGUGAAGUUGUUUUACCACAGAAGGAGGAAAGAUGUGUUUUAAGACAUGCACAGACGUGUCUAGGAAGCGUGGACUCAGUUGUAGAUGCGCAUAACUUUAAAACAGAAAACAUCUUUGCCAAAAUCUUGUGUGUUCUUGAUAAAUCAGAAAAAAAAAAAAGACCCUAUGCUUUUCUUGAUAGGUACAAAACUCUGUAUGCAAAAACAUAGAUAUAUGCAUAUUAGUGUCCCACUUUGACAAUUUACUACAUUUACUUGUCAACACACUACCCUCGGAGCAAUAAAAAUGUUAAGCUAUUCUCACUGAAAAUAAGUUAUCAUUUUAAGUAAUGUUACGUGAUUCCUCUGCCUUCUCUUGUUUUCUGCUCUUGCUGUUCUUACGAUGUUGUAACGUUACUUGUAUUGCUUAAGGAAAGUGGUUUUGUUUAAGCUGUAUGAAACUUUUUUAAUUGUUCUUAACAUUUUUAUUCUGUUUACAAGUGAACAGCCACUUUUUUAAUAGGACCUCACACCUUGAGACUUUUUUCUUUUCCUUUUUUUUUUUUUUUUUUAAAUAAAAUUCUGAGCUAUAUUUCUACAUUUUACUGCAUUGGCUUGUGCCAUUAAAAGAAGCUGGAAGUCAGACAUGCUUAAUCACUUUGAAACAUUUUUCUGUAAUUAAAUUUAAAGAUGAAAACCUC